AUGAGCGGCGGCGGUGCCGUCCAGGGCACAGCGGCGAGGGCACGGUUGGCAGCGCGGCUGCUGGCGGUGCUCAGCUGCGUCCUGACAGCGGAGGCCCAGCUUACAGGAGUCCUAGAUGAUUGUUUAUGUGACAUAGAAAGCAUCGAUGACUUCAAUACUUUCAAGAUCUUCCCCAAAAUACAGAAACUGCAAGAACGUGAUUACUUCAGAUAUUACAAGGUCAAUCUGAAGAGACCAUGCCCAUUUUGGGCUGAUGAUGGCCAUUGUUCUAUCAAAGAUUGUCAUGUAGAGCCUUGUCCUGAGAGCAAAAUACCUGUUGGAAUUAAGGCUGGGAGCUCUAAUAAAUAUUCAAAAGUGGCAAAUAAUUCCAAAGAAUUGGAAGACUGUGAGCAAGCUAACAAACUGGGAGCAGUUAACAGUACCUUAAGUAACCAAAGUAAGGAGGCUUUCAUUGACUGGGCAAGAUACGAUGAUUCACAGGAUCAUUUUUGUGAACUUGAUGAUGAGAGAUCUCCAGAUGCACAGUAUGUGGAUUUGCUGCUGAAUCCAGAACGUUACACUGGAUACAAGGGGCCUUCUGCUUGGAGAGUGUGGAACAGCAUCUAUGAAGAAAACUGCUUCAAGCCUCGAUCUGUAUAUCGUCCUUUAAAUCCACUGGCACCUAGUAGGGGAGGAGAUGAUGGAGAAUCUUUCUACACAUGGCUUGAAGGUCUUUGCCUUGAGAAAAGAGUGUUUUAUAAACUCAUUUCUGGACUUCAUGCUAGCAUCAACUUGCAUCUGUGUGCAAAUUAUCUUCUUGAAGAAACCUGGGGGAAGCCUCGCUGGGGACCGAAUGUGAAAGAGUUCACUCGCCGCUUUGACCCUAUUGAAACAAAAGGAGAAGGACCAAGGAGGCUCAAAAAUUUGUAUUUCUUAUAUUUGAUAGAGCUGCGUGCUUUGUCAAAGGUUGCACCAUACUUUGAGCGUUCCGUUGUUGACCUUUACACUGGAAAUGGCCAUGAGGAUGCUGAAUCUAAAGCUCUCUUACUAGAUAUCUUCAGGGAUACAAAGUCCUUCCGUAUGCACUUUGAUGAAAAGUCCAUGUUUGCUGGAGAUAAAAAAGGAGCCAAGUCAUUAAAGGAAGAAUUCAGAUUGCAUUUCAAGAACAUAUCCCGCAUAAUGGAUUGUGUUGGAUGUGACAAAUGCAGGCUGUGGGGCAAACUGCAGACUCAAGGCUUAGGAACUGCUCUGAAGAUCUUGUUUUCUGAGAAAGAAAUACAGAGCCUUCCUGAGAAUAGCCCAUCAAAAGGUUUUCAACUCACACGUCAAGAAAUAGUUGCUCUUGUAAAUGCCUUUGGAAGGCUUUCCACAAGUAUAAGAGAGUUGCAGAAUUUUAAAGUUUUAUUACAACAAACUAGGUAAUGAAGGCCUUUGCACAACCCGUUUGUGAAGACCAUUUACAUGACUGCAUUGAGCAGAGGGAACUGAUCCUUACAGGACUCACAUGAACUGAUAAAAAGUAAAAUCAAAUACCAACUUGAAUAUUUAUGUUUAAACUAGGAAUGGUUAUUAAUUAGAAAAGAUAUUUAUGAAUGAAAUAUAUAGUUUUUAAAUGUGUAAAUUAUGCUGAUCUGUUAAUUUUUUAAGUUCUCUGCUCACAGUUCUGUUGUACUGAAACUUCAUAAAUUUUCUUUAUUUCCUCGUAUUUCUGAGACAGUUGUUUUAUAUGAAAACAUACGUACCUCCACCCUGAAUUGGCCUGUCCUGAGAGAGAUGGUUCACCUCUCGCCUCUCCCCAGUACUGAGCUUCAGUAUAUUCUGAGAAUUGGGUAUGCUGAUUCUGGCUGUCUAAAAGAAAAAACAAACAAACAAACAAAAACCCAAAACAAAACAAAAAACCCCCCCAAACACCAGAAGAGGAAAUAAGACUCUUGUUGAGUUCUGACUUCUUACUGUAAUAAUGAAACUUACUUAAAAAUAGGAAAUUUACUGAGCAGAAAAUUUUAUUUCAUACCGAGCUCCUUUGUGUCAUGCUGAUACCAACUUUUUUUUCCUUAUGUGCUGCUCUUCAGAAUUUCCUUUUUUCUUUAAAAUAACUACCUUGUCUCUGAUGCAGCACAGUUGGAAGUGACUUUUCUGCAGUCCCUUGGCUACCUGCAUUUGCUUGGAGGUGGGCGUCAGGGCUGGGGACAUGGUUAGUGGAGUGCUGCUAGCUGAAAAGCCUCAGUCAAUCAAAUUCGCAUCUACCCCAUUUUAUUUUCUAGAUUGUAAUCACAAGUUCAGUUUCCAGAAAUUGUCUUUUUAAUGUCUAAAAUGUUAAAAUAGCACACUUCAAUCUUUGACCCAUGGAAAUAGAUUUGCUCUUUAUGGGUUAUGUUUUAGUGCUAUGUUAAAAGGUCAGUGCAAAAAGAAAGAACUUGUUUUUGUAGUCACUUUUAAAAAAAGAUGCUUUUUAAAAUUCAUAAUCACACUGAUAUUUAAUACCGCAUACUCUUAUCUAUGCAAUCCCUAACUGUAUCUUCUUUAAAAGGAUAUUCAGCGUAAAAAAACGGGUAUGUUAAUAACAUAACUUUCAUAAAAUAAGAAAUUACUCAUGUAUCAUUGUCCACAAAUGUCAAUGAUAACUUCCCAUUGUCCAAAACAGAAUUCAGAAACAGCACUACUGAUUAGUAGCAACCAAAUAUUGGUUAAAAUUUAAAAUGAAGUAAUAAUGUUUUUUAAACCAGCAUGCUUCAAAGUGAAGUUAGGAGUUAUGAAUGUAGGAAGUGCUGGUACAGUGUAGAUACAUCUCUUGUUUUUAAAAAAAAGUCUUCACAAAAUAAAGUGCUCUUAAACAUUUUUCACCCUACCAGAUAUUUAGUGACCUGUUUAUAUAAUUGAUUGUAACUGUAUUGGCUUCCAUACUGUAGUCCUUUACAGCUGAGAUUUUCUGAAAGCUGGGAUACGCUCUAUGUCCUUUGUUUCCGGACUAGCUUCAAAUUUCUACCUGACUGGAAAUGAGAUAGACUAUCCUGCUGACACUUGCUAUUAUAAAAAAAUACUGUUUCUCAAGAAAGUAAACCCUCUUGAGUCAAACUGGGAUAAGCUAAAUGAAAGAAAAAGACCAAACCAAAACAAAAUCAAAUACAAACCCAACCCCACCCCACCCCCCCACUCCCCCUACCCCCCACCCAAAGUUUUGGUGAUAGUUGCACAAAUUGGCAAUGAACUGGUAUCCAGUCGGAAGUUUGUCUUUAAGGCACUAGAUAAUUUAACGUGGUGUUAGAGAAAGCUGAUGCCAGUCUGGGGAUGUUAUGUUCUUACCUAGCAGCCUCUCUUGCCUGUGGGCACUCAUGUCUGAGCAAGUCACCAUGGGCUUCCUUGUUCUAGUUAAUGGAGAACAGCAGGUGAUUUCUAGGUGGAUUCAUUUGGCCUAUUCCGAGCUCUGUAUUUGCACCCUAGAGUUUAUUUUUCUCCAUUAAAUUGAAGUGGGAAUCUAGGUAACUAGCUCAGAUGUGAACAGCUGUGUUUGGUAAAUGAGUUACACCUCGAGUAUCUAACUCUUCUGAGUAAUUGUAUGUAUUGAAAGAGUGUGGUUUUCAGUUGGCCAUUAAUUCCUUGCCUUUUGGAUUGACCUGCAAGGGCUAGAACCUGUAGGCUCACUUGUGUGAAAAAUGCUGUAUAGCUGGGUUUUAUCUGUAUUGUUAUAUAUUAUCGUGUCUAAAGCUUUAGGCAGAAUUUUCUAGUUGAAAAAAAAUUGUGUUGUCUGUGCUGCCCCAGGAAGGACCUGAGUCUCAGAAUUGUUUCUUCCCUUUUCCCCCUUGCUUUGUGGGGAAAGUGAAUCGCUUCCAACCUUCUUCUGGGGAUGCAACUUGCUAUUUUUCUUUUUUUUUCCACCUGUGCCUGGCUAAAAUCUACGGACAUUGAAGCAGCAUCACAUACUAGCAUCAUGUAUUUGCUCAUGGGACCAGUGAGAGAUUCAGGCACGCAGGUCCUGGACACCUGCUCCUUGCAACCCUCAUUGGCACAAUGCAGGCAAGGUUAAUACCAUUGGGUAGAGACAUAGAGAGAUGGGAAGCUUUUCUUCUUUUCCUUUGUGUCAUGAAAACACAGGAAUGCAACUGAACAGCAAAUUCUGUGUAUGGGGAAGUUCUGUUGCAUUUGAAGGUACAUCUCGCUUGAUGAUCAAAUAUGGAAGGCGUUUCACUUCACUGUCAUUGUAGAAAUAGGACAUAAGAUUUUUCCCGUUACUAAUCCAGUUGAAACAAUUUUCCUGUCACCAUCUUUUUUACUGUAUUUGAUGUACAUUCUGUGACUAUGCUGCCUAUGAAGUUUUGCCAUGUGAGUCGGAUGACUUAGUUCUUUAUAUGUUAAAUUAAAUUUUAGAAAUUUACAGAUCCAUUUUUAUACUAAAGAAUAAGGUUAGUUACACUGUCCAUGACCUGUAAACUAUUUUAAAUUCCAGCUCCCUGUUGGAGAUCAGCUUGUCAACAUUGUCUGUCAUUCAUUUCAGAGUAAAAGUACAUUUCCUUGUACAAAUGACACAAUGAUUGUAAUCCCAGAGGUAGUGAGAAGACAAAGACAAUAGUGUUUCAUUUUUCCCAAGUCAUGAAGACUUACGCGAAAUGGUAAAAAAGACUUGGUGCAAACUACCUAGGUAAAAUGUAGGGCACUGUUGCUGAACAACUUGCUCUUCAGUGCCUGAGGAGGAAGGUGAGAAUAUAGAUUUAAACCAGUGAAAUAUAGAGACUUGUGUAAGCUGGAAUAACAAAAGUGUUUUCCUGCUUCAGCUGAUGAUUUGUGCGGUCUGUCAUUGUAUGUGCAUGAAAUACACUGUGCCACACUUUCUUGAGUUGUGUUUUGAUGGUUGGGUCGCCUUUAUCUCACCUUGCUUUGUGCUUUUCUGGGAAAUGACCUGUAAUAUGUUGUAAAUAAUCUAGAUGCUUAUGUUUAUAAAGUAGCAAUCAGCAAUUCAUCACUUUACAAUUCCUCCAUAUAGCUAGCCUAUUAAAAUGUAAUAUUUAUUAAAAUCAAAAUCAAUGUUGGAACUGCUUACUGAGAUCUAAACACUUCUGAACCUUUGCUAUGUUUGAAUCUAUAAAAUGCAAAUUAAAGUAUUUUCUGCUAUAA